CUUUCAGUAGUUCUUCCGGAGGCUUUGCGGGGUUCUUAGUGGCCUCUUGCAUACUCCUCCCUACGAUUCUCCUCCCCUUUUCCACCUCCCGCCCUCUCCGUCUCUCUUCUCCUCCCAGCCUAAAGUGUAUCUGUUUCGGCCCUUUCUAUUGGCCGACUGGAGUCGGGGCCUCGGAAACCGUCGAACUCACGGAGUUCCCGAUUGGCUCGAGUCCGUAGGGUAAAGGGGCGUGACUAAUUGGAAAAUGCCGGACUUGGAGUGGCGACUGAUAAAGUCAAUCUGAGCCUAUGGAAUGCCCGCCCCGGAUGUGGUUGGUCUGGUUUAGUUGUUUAUACGUAGCCUAGCAACGCCUCCUUGUUGGAGACUUAGAAAGGAGAAGUAAAAGUAGAGGGAAGUCCCAAAGCUGUGAAGACCGAGUUCACAGAGUUUGAGUGGAGAUUCUGCAACGCGUUCAGGAGAAGGAUGAGACCUAGGUGCCUCUGAAGGAUCUGCGGAAGGAAGACAUUCCUGUAUCCAGCAUGAGUACGGAAGUGAUUGUGGCGCCCCUCUUCCAGGGCUCCGAGAUAAGCAACAGCAACAGGCUGAGACUGGCCAUGGCCCCGGCUCCCAGGAAGGCCGCCUUGGCCUGCACGGCCACCAGCCAGACGGACCCUUCCCGCACCAAGCUCACCACCAUCGAGACCAAGAGGAUCAUCUCGGUCCUGGACGACACCAUCCGCAAGGUGGAGCUGGUGACUCUGUUCUCGGCAGCCGCCUACAACCCGCACUGCUUGGAAGGGCUGCUGGACGAAGACACCGUGCAGGCCAUACGCGACCAUGAGGACUUCUGCAGCACCCUCCUGGAGCUGGACAACCUGGUGAAGGAGGAGGAGGAAGAGUGGGCUGAAACAAGGGACGAGGACCUGAAGUUUCUCCUGGAGGAGCACAAGCAGAGCCUGGAGCUCCUCAAGGAGGACGUGAAGGCGUCGGCCCGCAACACGCUGAGGAUCUUCCUGCUCAACCUCCAGGCUGGGGAGAUCCUGCGCACCCAGGUCCAGGGGCGCUGCGAAGAGUCCAACAUCUUCCUCCAGGGUCUGAUCGAGUUCCGGGGCUUUGUGUUCGAGAAACUCCUCACCAGUCCCAUGGAGGAGAAGGAAAAGACCGAGUUUAUGGACGAAAUGACUCUCCGAGAAAAGAAGAACAAAGAGAUGAUCGAGAACCUCCAGUCAGAGCUGUCCUCCACCAUCAAAACCAGGAAUGCCGAGAUGGAGAAAGAGAGCUUUGUGAUCAAAGAACUGAAAAGUCACCUGCACCAGGUGCUCAAGUUCUCAGAGAACCACCUGCUGCGCACCAAGCAGGAGGCUGAGAAGCAGCAGAAGCUUGAGCUGCGGGCCUCCAAGGUCCGCGUUGCCAAGAUCCAGCAGGACAUCCUCAUGCUCAAGACCCAGUACCAUAACAUUGUUGAGGAGAACCGGGACAGUGAACAGGCACUCAGAAAGAAGAAAUAUAAACUGGAGACAGAAAUAGAGAACUGGAUCCAGAAAUAUGAUACUGAGAUGGGAGAAAAACAGGCCGAAUAUGAGGAGCUGAAUGAGAUCUAUACUGAAGAGAAGGCUCAGCUGGCUGAGCUGAAGGAAAAACACGCCGUCCUGCUCCAGGAGUUUGCCCAGAUCAAGGAAGAGAGACUUAUCAACUCCAAGAAGAAGCUGGAGGCUGAGAAGGAGAUGUCCCUCAUGGUUCGGUCGGCCACCCUCAUCCAGGCUUUCUGGAAGGGCUAUUUGGUCAGGUCGCUGCUGAAGUCAAAGCGGAGGAAGAAGGGCAAGGGCAAGGGCAAGGGCAAGGGCAAGGGCAAAGGCAAGAAGAAGUAGCCGCUCCCCAAGGGGUCCCUGCAAGAUGGGGGCUGCUCUCCUCUCAUCUCUUUUCCUCCCUGGCCCCUUCCCAGCCCAUUCUUCUGACAGCUAGUUAGAGAGAGGAGGGCACAUCCCAGAAUGCUCCUCCCUGCCUGGGGCAGUUACAUACGGGUCCCCAGAUGGUGAGAGUGCAGGCUCCUGUGGGCCCUUCGGAUCCCCGGGCAUUCUGCUGAUCAGUGAGCACCCUGAGCCUGUGGACACAGAACCAGACGGCCACGUUCAGGGGGCUUCCCUCUCUGUACUCACACCAAUAAAGUCCCUUCUCCUGCAUCCCACCCUGGGCGUCUUUUCCCCAUUUGCUGCCAUUCAGAGCAGAGCAGGUCUUUGGGCCGAGAGAGCAGAUAGCCAUGGGCUCCUACCUCCUAGAGAGACCCAGACUCUCCUCUCCAGCCCCAACUCAACUUUGAAGAAUCAGUACAAGCUUUCUCCUAUCCGCCACCUUGUCCCACCACGGCAGCCGUGAUCCCGAACCUCGGAAAGCUUGGGAAGAGCUCCCCAAGAGGGGUCAGGCCUGGCUGCUGGUGGAGAGGUUUCUUUCUUUCUCCACAAGUUUUAAACUCUCAUGGACAAAGGGGCAGAAUCCCAGGCUGGCAGAGCUGUGCACCCACACACACACACACGGACACUCUCUCCCACCCAAGACCCCUGGGGAGAUCUCAUCCCAGCAUGGAAAAGACCAUGUGUCUGUAUGGGAAGGGGGGACACAAGCUGGUCCUCUAAGCUGGGCUAUGUCCAUUCUCCCAAGACCAGCUCAGCCAACUUCACAGAGUGCCUCUCCCGGGGCCACAUCCUCUCACAGCUGACCCUGAAGUGUCUUCCGGGAAGUCCAGUGUUCUGCAAACUCCAUUAAAGCAGGGGUUGACCCAGGG